AUGCCAACUCCUUGGAAUAAGCCAGAAAGCGAUGAAGAAAGUCCCUCAGCAAUCGCAGAGCCGAUUUACGAAGGCAAUGUGGCGCCUCUUCAGUUUGAUCGAAUUUUGAACUUCUCCGAAAUCGAUCAAAAGUCUUAUGCGAGAAACGUCAGAGACCGUCAUAGGGAUCGGGAUGUAGUCGCCUCAUCGAAAGUCGAUUCCACGGAUAUCGAUGUUUUCUGUGAGGAAAACGUAAACGUAUACAAUCAUGAUACGACUGACCAACCAAGCGAUUACGACAUUGAGAAAGAGCUUAGAAAAAGUUUGAUCGAUGAACGAUUGCUCAACAACCUGCAAAAGGUGAAAGUGGAACGGCUGAACGCCGUUCAGCGUAAGUCAAUCAGAACGGUUCGAGAUGGAGUUGGUCUUAUGGUAGAAGCACCGACAGGAAUCGGAAAAACGUAUGCUUUUCUAAUUCCUGCUAUAGAAAGAGCUAUGGAUGAGCGAAGAAAAUGCAAAACAGUCGCAACGAAACCAUCGCCUUUCGUAUUGAUCAUGGCAAACACGGGAACUCUUGUCAAACAAUUAUUUGGACGAUGCGAACUGAUUCUUGGGCUGAAAUGCAUGGAUGGAGUGAAUCCGAUUCAUGAUAUCAAAGUUGACAUGCUUGUCGCGGAACACCGAUUUACCGCAGAUUCAUGUGAUAUUGUGUUUUGUACCAUGGGAAAAUUGAAGGCCACAGUCGAAUCUGGAGACGUUCUUUUGGAUAAUCUCAAAAUGAUGAUUCUCGACGAAGCAGAUAAAAUGAUCGAUACAGCUGCGUUUGGAAUGGACGUCGAGUGGAUUCUGGAUCAAAUGAAGGAAGAAGUUGUCCGAGAACUUCAGUCAUGCUUCUUCUCGGCAACAUUUCAGCGCGACAGGGACGCAGCGAUCACACUUACGCCAUUACAAAUGAAAAUGUUCGGAGGUAAACCAUGGAAACUGGUACAUUGCCCUGCAAUGCCGGGAUAUAUCACACAACAUGUCAUCAGACUAGACAGGCCUGGAAGAGAUUUAACCUCACAUACUUGGAUUAAGAAAAUGAAUAUUAUCAGAGGAUUGAUCAACGAAGAUCUGAAGACAACUGAUUGUAAAAAAGAAGGACCGUAUAAAGAGACGAUUGCGAUUUUUUGUGAGACUAUUCAGAGAGUUGCACAGGUCGCGAUGGCUCUUCGUCUUUUGGGAUACAAUUUCCGUCCUCUCUGUCGAACGAUCACCAAAAGUCAACAAGAAGUUACGAUCAAUGACUUGGAAUUCAAACGUAUUCAUGGGAUUGUGUGUACAAACAUUAUGUCUCGAGGAAUCGAUGUGUCUUCGAUAAAGCAUACCAUCAUCAUGGAGAUGUCCUCUGAUUUCGACACCUACAAACACCGAAUCGGGCGUGUUGGGCGAGAUGGAUUCGGAGGAAAAGCUACAGUUUUGAUUGACCAUGAUACACUCAUGAACCCACGUUCUGCUCAGAUUGUCGAUGCUUUAUACGUUUUUAUGGACCAAUGCCAGCAACCUGCACCACAAUGGCUCAAAGAAUGGUUCGAACGACGGCACGCUGAUGAGCAAUACUAUUGA